UAAGUUGAUUGUCACAGUCCUACGGCUCGAACAUUUGGAUAUAGUUUAGUUUUCUCUGACCCGGUGAACGAUAAGCAACCAAAAAUUUAGGAAUACAAUACAAUACAAUACAAUAGAAUACAAAAUUUAUAAAUUUUUUUUCUUUACAAAAUCGCAAGCAACAGUAUCUAGGAAAAUCCAAUACAAUCCAAUUCAAUCCAGUAGGGACUGAAGUCAUGGCGUUAAAGAUGAAUCAAUACCAGAACCAGGUCAAGAUAAACUACGUGCAACAAUAUGUGGGUAGGGUGGCUGGUCCCCUAGUCGAGCCCAUUUUCCCCGUGCCGCAAAUGUCAUCGGCAACCCUACGAGUCCGUCGAGCUGUCGUCGAAUCCUAUCGCGGACCCCAAAUUGCUCCCGAUGAUGCCAUGCUCCCGAUGCCGCCCCACAACAAGGCUCAAAAUAUGUCUGAGAUUCUGCACGACCUUCAAUUCAAGCUGAAAGAUUUCAAGCUGUGGAAUCAAGUCAUUCGUCUUCUGAAGAAACGGGUCUAGUCUGGACGUAUAGAUGUAAUGCGCAACUGACGGAUCGGAGUCUACGCCUUAUUCCUCCGUCUACUCUCAAAAUCCCAACUAAAAAAGUUCGAAUUGCGUUCGGUGUUUGGUUGUACAAUCCAUUAUAAACACCGUAAAAUCGAUUACAUGUAUUUUAAGUCUGGCGUCCUCUCCAAAUUUGUAUUCACAAAUUAUUUAUCAAAUGUUAAUCAAAAUUGAAUUACAAAAAAAAAAGUGCAAGGAAUAAAGGGUGCAAGCAAUGCUAACAAUGUGUAACUAUCCAUUCAUAACUCUCAAGAUCCCACAUUACACGCGAUACGUUAACCAACGAUUUGAACACCAUUCCACAUAGCGAGCAAUUUAAAUGUAUUAAGAGUGGAGUUGGGACAUCUGGCCAGGCCCAAAUCGCAGAAGGCCAACACUUGCAAACUGGAACAAUAACAAUGGCAAAAAGUGCAAAAACAAAAUUAAAUUCCAACAUUAAAAUAAGUUUUUAAAACUAAGCAGCGUGGCUUAUGUCACAAAAAGAGUGGCACAAAACAAAGCAGCAAAAAAGCCCAGCAGAACCACAGGACAGACGGCAUUUAGAAUAUAAAUUUAGUUAAACAAAUCUCGGACGAGGCGACCUCCCCAAGGUACAAAUGCGGCCAGAGUUGCCACUGACAUGUAUAAGUUUUCUCGCGAAGAACCACGCUGUCCGAAAAUGCAGCAUCACCUG